CCUUCUCUACCUCAUUAUUUUUUCUUGAGAGAGUGCUCUAAACCUUAAGUUUACCUCUACUUCCCCCCAUAUCAUCCUGCCUCCAGUCUUUUCAAUUUCUCUCAAGAAAGUAAAAAUGAGAUUGACCUCACCCUUAAGGUUCUAUAGACAAAACAACAAGGCUUUCCUCAGAAUCUUCAUGAUCUUGGUUCUAAGUUGUAUACCAGGUAGAACCAAUCUUUGUUCCAAUCCUUCAGAUAUUCGUUCCUCAUUAGACUCACUUGAUUUAGAGGGCUACAUAAGCUUUGAUGAUGUCCACAAUGCGUCCAAGGACUUUGGCAACAGAUACCAGUUACCACCUCUGGCAAUUCUCCAUCCGAAGUCAGUUUCUGAUAUCUCAACAGUGAUGAGGCAUAUCCUACACCUAGGCUCCACCUCAAAUCUUACAGUAGCAGCAAGAGGCCACGGUCACUCGCUUCAAGGACAAGCUCUAGCUCAUCAAGGUGUUGUCAUCAACAUGGAGUCACUUCCGAGUCUUGAUAUCAAGAUUUACAAAGGGAAACAACCGUACGUUGACGUCUCUGGUGGUGAACUGUGGAUCAACAUUCUAAGGGAGACUCUGAAACACGGUCUUUCGCCAAAGUCCUGGACAGACUACCUUCAUCUGACUGUUGGAGGUACUCUAUCUAACGCUGGGAUCAGCGGUCAAGCGUUCAAGCAUGGACCCCAAAUCAGUAACGUCUACCAGCUAGAGAUUGUCACAGGCAAAGGAGAAGUCAUGACCUGUUCUGAGAAGCAGAAUCCUGAACUUUUCCACAGUGUUCUUGGAGGGCUUGGACAGUUUGGUAUAAUCACCCGGGCACGGAUCUCUCUUGGACCAGCACCACAUAUGGUUAAGUGGAUCAGAGUACUCUACUCAGACUUCUCUAAAUUUUCAAGGGACCAAGAACAUUUGAUAUCAAAAAAGAAAGGUUUCGACUUCGUGGAAGGAUUUGUGACAAUCAAUAGAGCAGAUCUUCUCAAUAACUGGAGGUCAUCAUUCACUCCAAAUGAUUCCACAGAGGCAAGCCAGUUCAAGUCUGAUGGGAAAACUCUGUACUGUCUAGAAGUGGUGAAAUAUUUCAACAAGGAGGAAGCUAACUCUAUGAACCAGGAAACCAAGAAGUUACUUUCAGAGUUGAGCUAUAUACCAUCUACUUUGUUCUCAUCUGUUGUGCCAUAUCUAGAGUUUCUGGACCGUGUGCAUCUUGGGGAGAUAAAGCUGAGAGCUAAGGGCUUAUGGGAGGUUCCACAUCCCUGGCUAAAUCUCCUGGUUCCCAAGAGCCGCAUAUUUGAAUUCGCUACAGAAGUUUUCAACAACAUUCUCACAAGCAACAACAAUGGACCUAUUAUUAUCUAUCCUGUCAACCAAUCAAAAUGGAACAAACAUACAUCUCUGAUCACUCCUAAUGAAGAUAUCUUCUAUCUAGUGGCCUUUCUCCCCUCUGCAGUACUGCAAAAUGAUUUAGAGUACCUUUUGAGACAAAACCAAAGAGUACUUAGCUUCUGUGCAGAAGCAAACAUUGGUGUGAAGCAGUAUUUGCCUCACUAUGAGACUCAAAGAGAGUGGAGAUCACACUUUGGAGACAGAUGGGAAGCAUUUGCAAAGAGGAAACAUGCGUAUGACCCUCUAGCGAUUCUAGCGCCUGGUCACAGAAUUUUCCAAAAGGCAGCAGCACCACUACUAUCUCCCAUUCAACUUCUAUAAGCCAGAGUGCAACAACAUAUACAAUCUUUCAAAGGUACCAUCAAAGAUAGGCAGCAAGAGAGUGAAAAUUCAACUCUCUUUUACAGACUGAGACACUGUAUAGGAAUCAUAAAAACCAACAAAAAAUUGUCUUUUGACUUGUGAUUAUAAACAAGUAAAAAAUCAUGUUUUCUUUGCUACAACAUGUAACAUGUUGUCUUGUCUAUCUAUGAAGAGACCAAAUAGAAAAGCUUUGUGUGUUUGUUUAACUCUUCAAACUUCACUUUGUCUGUCACGUGUGAAGUGACACACACGGACAGGCACGUGUGUGAUAUAAAAUAAUAUUUUUUAUAUU